ACAACGUUACGUUAACCUGAGCCAGACCCGUUUGUCGAGCUGGACUGUUUUCUUCCACAUGAGGAGUGAGUUUUCCAACUCAACCUCAAACAAUCGGCAGCGUGCCUAGGACGCACAGAGAAGCUCCGCUCCACGUUAGAAGACAGAGACAAAGAAGAUUUAGAAUUUGUUUGUUUGUUUGUUUGUUUGUUUUUUCAAAUAAAGUUGUACUUUCACUGGACUUAGGAUGACAAGCUAAAGCUGAAGACAAAUUAUUGGUUUGUUCAGGGGAUUUUCUUCUUGUUUUUCUGGAUCUGAAACUCACUAUGGAUGAGCAAGAGAGCAUGUUAGACUUCCAGGCGCUGAGGGCCAAGUUCCAGGAUAAGGAAUUCUUCCUGGGGCCACCGAAGACCAAACCUGUUGUCCCACAGAAACCAAAGGUCAUCCCUCCUCCCCUUAGCCCCACCAGCCCCCUACCAUCAGGAGCACGCCCCUCCCUGCUCACCUCCAUCAACCAUGCCUUGGAAUCAAGGACGAUUAACGCCCCCAGAGUGGUGUUUAAGGAUGAGAAGAAGGACAACAAAAACCUUAUUUUAAAUAGUAACUCAAAAGCCGAAGAAAAAUCUGAAAAGAAGCCGAAGGAGAAUAAGGACAAGAUUAAAGGAAGCAAGGAGAAGCUGAAUGACAUCUCAUUGGAUCACAAGGAGAAGAACGGUAAGAAGCUUCCGUUGUUCGGGUCACAGAAGGAGAGCGCAGCAGAGCCGGUGCCAGCCUCGCCUCCUCCGAAGGCCAAAACACAGAGGAAGAAGAAUUUUCUUGGUUUCAUGAAGUCUACCAAAAAGGAUCCAGCAGCUACCCCAGCUGAAUCGAUCCUAGACUCUACGAACGGGGACCAUGCAGGUCCAGCGCUACUAAACCCAGGGGCUUCUGAUGCCGACAACAUGCCAGAGGAGUCUAUAUACUCGGUACCAAAACCGAUUCUAUCGAAGCUUACCAUCCCUGAACCCAGCCCUGCGGUGGACCUGAGAACUAUCCCUGAACCUCCAGACUUCUCCCCUCCUCCAGCCAUCAUCCCAGUUAACCCAGUUUCCAGGAUUCCAGCCCCGCAGACUGAAACCCCGCCUCACACCGAAAGUCCUGCUUUGCCAGUUUCCAACCUGCGCGACAAGGAAAAGGUUCCCCAUCCUCUUACCGUUGCUCCCUCCCGUCCACUCGUUGCUCCUCCAUCUCCUCCCGUUGCUCCCUCCCGUCCACUCGUUGCUCCUCCAUCUCCUCCCGUUGCUCCCUCUCCUCCACCCACUGCUCCUCCAUCCCCCCCACCCAGAGCAGCCCAUCCCCUCAGAGCUAUCCCCUCGCCCCCACCGAGUUUUGCCAACUCAGAUCCUCCUUCCGAGGUCUUUGCUCCCUCCCCGUCUCCGUCUGGGCUUCAGGAUGUCGCUGGUUCUGAUGUGGAGGCUGCACAUCCAGCUGGAGAGGACUCUCCUUCUUCCAAACAGGAACGCCCCAUCUCUGCCCUGUCCGUCCUGGAGAGGGCAGGGGACCUAAGCACCGGGAAAAGAACCCCUCCGAGCGACCAGAGGAUUUUGAGCGCUCUGGAGAAGGCACGCAAGAAGGCCUCCAGCCCCCUGCCUGAAAGCCUGCGUCACACCCCCCCACCUGAAGACUUUCCUUAUCACCUGAACCCCACCUCCGCUGAUGCAGAGUUCCCACCCAUCCAUGAUGAGGGAAGGAAAGCGCUCUCACUUGAACCAGAAGUGAGCGACACCGACCACAGGACACCUUCUCUGGUAUUGCAAAACCUCGCUGAGGAGGGGUCCAACACUCCCCUGGAGCAGCUUGUGGUUCCGCCUCCUCCACCCAGACGGGUCCUACCAAACCCUCAGACUCUGGGUCCUGCUCCGGAGAAACCUGAAAGACAGCCCUCUGUCAACUUGGUCGAAUUCAUCCCGCCUCCCCCUCUUAUCCCUGAAGAGAUCCCUGUUCCACCUGAGUUUUCAGAGCCCGACGGCACAAAUAUCCCAGAGUUCGAGGAUUUGGCGGAUGCCUACUCCCUGGAGCUGCCGGUGUCAGAGUCCGGGAAUGAGGAGUAUACAGGUCCCGAGGUUCCAGACGUACCAAACCAGUCAGAGUUUUAUAGCAACGGCAUCGCCGAUCCAGAAACGGGGGUCCACACUGAGACAGCAUAUGAGGAUGACUACCAAGAAACUCCUCCACAGGAACAAUCCCAGCAAGCCGCUCAAGACCACUCGCUACCAGCCGAGGAUCCCCAAGCGCCAUACCGCAGCAGUGCAUACGAAAGCAACGAAGACUUGUACGAGCCCGUGAGGGUGUCUCCCAGCAAAAAGAAAGGGAAGAUCAACAGCGGCAAGAAAGGCAAAUGGGCCCCAAAAAACCCGUAUGCUGAGAAUGCACAAGAGACGGCUCAGGAGAAACCCAGGACAAGCAGGUUUGGCAGGAGCGAAAAGAAGCACGCCUCAGAUAAGCCUGAUGAGAAGGAGCUGAAAAAGAAGGAGAAGCAGAGGCUGGAAAAGGAGAAGAAGGAGCUCAAGGAGAAACAGGGGCGGGAGAAGAAGGAGCAGAAGGAGAAGGAAAAGAGGGAGAACGAGAUGAAGAAAAAAUUCAGCAUCACAGGGAGCGAGGAACCCAUGUAUCAGGCAAAAGUAAACGUGACCACAAAGGGCCGUAAGCACGACCUGCCCGUCAAGAGCGGGGACUUCAUCAGCAUCAUCCGGACGACCAAGUGCCCCAAAGGGAAGUGGCUGGCCAGGGACAGCAGCAACAACUAUGGGUAUGUUUCCGUAAGCCACUUGGAGAUGGACUUUAAGGAGAUGAUGGAGCUGGGUAAGAAGACUUCCCGCAGCAACGCCGUCACUGAGACGGAAACCGCCACAGACGGCAAGGUGCCCAAUCACUUCAGUCGUUCGGGGGAAAGCUUCUCAGAUGACAGCGAGGAGUGGACCUGCGAAGACGAUGAACCGUACUCGCCAGGAGGUCACACGAGGACUUUAUCCAUGCCCGAGAUGGGAAACAAGGACUUUGCGAUAAACCACCAGCACAGUCACAGUGACUUGUGUGACGACCCUCAGAUCCAAGCGAGACAAGAAGCACUUCAAAAGUUGGCAACAUUUUUAGGCUCAUCAAAGUCUGUGGACCCAGCGCCAACGGAGCCUUCACCAGAAAGGAGCCCUACACCUGUGCAGGAAGAAGCUGUUAGUGCGCCACCGGAAAGUUCAACCCAGGAGAGGGAGUUUGAUCCCACUGCCGUGAUUUUACCUCCUCCUGACAUGUAUGCAGACUCUAUGCUGGAUUCACCGCUGUACAGCGAGCCCAAUACAAAUCUCUCACGCUGACCGGGAUCUUCCUACUGUGACAAGUUGCUGCCAUGUGAUCCUUUUGACAAAAACGGCCCCUUCUUGACUUAAACCUUAUUUAUCUGAGAACUGCGUGAAUGGAUCAAUACACUGAUGAAUGAACCCACGUCGAAGCAGAUGGAUAUGUUUCUCCUGUUCCUUCGAAGAAGUCGGUGUAAGGAUCCUCAACUUUGGACAAAGAUAUAAAUCUCCUUUUUUCAGGAGAGGAAAU